AUGGCAGCUGUGUCUCAUCAACCCUACUCACACAUACUUGACACAUCUGCACCUCUUUACCAAGAACCAGCCUCUUUAGACCUCGACACUCUCUUACUCGACGAUACAGCCGAACAACCCUUUUCGACUGAUGAAUUACAAAAAGAAUGUAUAUUAUUUCCUACUUAUGCUAUGCAAAGCCCCACAGAUCCUUCACUGUGGAUAAUUCGUGUCAAGGCUUGGGCACUUUCUCACAAAACAUCCGGCACAAAGCAACGGCUAAUGAUGGGAAUUACCAAAAGUGUUGCAAAGGCAGCCUCCACAGAUCCAAAGACAACUCAUAUGUUUGAAAAACGAUUUAGCUACUUUAUGGCAAAGAACAAACGCAACAAGGUCUUUAUUAUCAAGGCCACCGGACCAAUAUCUCUGCAGGACAGUCGAAGGGAUCCCUACAGUCUGUCUUCUUCACUAAACGACGACGAACAGUUUCCAGGCCUUUACGAAACUGAAGCCAUAGACUACGCCAGCUACCUCAACAGACCAUUUUCAUGGACCACGCCCCCAUUUGGCAGACCAAAGAACCCACUUUCGAUAGUCCUGAAUUCAUCAAUAGUAUCCCGUGCCAUGUCUGGAUCACUCAUCGACCGAUACACAACCUAUGAUUGCCCAAGUUACUUUGACUAUCUCCAAAACACGCCGCCAUUAAAUACCGGAUCAUCCCAGCAUCCUUUAGAUCCCUUACAGGAAAGCUUUGUUUCAGAAAACACUGGCUUUUUUGGUGGCACGUUUGAAAUCUCAGACGAACAGGUCCAGAACUGGGCCAAGCAGCACGGUCUGUGUGAUCCUCGUCUUAUUCAGCUGAGAUCCGACCCAUCACCCCAACCCAACCCUACAAAGUCGAAUUUUUUACCGACCACUGGACUGGUCAGCUUGAUUAGACCCAGUGGUAUUUCGAUUAUCUCUGACAUUGACGACACAAUCAAGGACACUCGGGUCCUAAACGGCGCACGGACCGUGAUUUCAAACACAUUUUUCAAAGAGCCCAAGGACGUCGAUGGCAUGGCUGAUGCGUACAUGGGGUGGUACACCCAGGGUGCCUCGUUUCACUAUGUCUCCAACAGUCCGUUUCAGCUCCUGCCUAUGCUGGACCGCUUUAUUCACCAGAACCAGUUCCCACCCGGCAGCAUCCACCUCCGAGCCGACAGCAGCCUGUUUUCCAGACUGGUCAAGGUGGCCGGCCAGGCCAAGCGGGAUGCGAUCCUGUUGAUCAUGAGCGACUUUCCUCACAGGCGGUUUGUUCUUGUAGGCGAUUCGGGCGAAAUCGACCUGGAGAUAUACAGCCAGAUUGCACUAGAGAAUCCGGGGCGCAUCCUAAAGAUCUUUAUUCGAGACGUUACCACGCCGUUUUUUGAUCAGCCUAGUAGCACCAGCACCAGUUCAGUGUCUGCCAAACAAACCUGGAUCCAAUCAACCACACGCCGAUCAGGCUCGUUUUUGUCACUCCUAUUGUCUUCCAAACGAAAGAUGUCAGAAGAUAGUCAGGAUUCUGAUGAUCAGGAGCAUGGGUAUAAUCACGAUGCCAUGGUUUCUGCGGAAAUAAACAGAAUCAAAAACAGGGAAAACGAGGAAAACAAGGAAAGUGAUGAAAAGAAUAUCCACAUUCUGAAUAUUCAGAUGCCUGGUAUCAAGCUCACUGAACCCGUGGACGAGAGGGUGACACUGACAGAAAGGUACGACGGUCUCUCCAGAUCAUUGGACAACAGAAACAGCAAAAAUUUAUUAGACGUCAAGGAGUGGCAUACAAAGGCUUGGCUAGAAGAGACAGAAGAAAAAUCAAAAUCAGAAACAGAAGAAGAAGAAGAAGAAAGGAUAAGAAGAAGAGGGAUAAGAAGAAGAUGGUCUGAUCAAGACAAUUUGAUCAUAAAAUCACAAGAAUCCGAAAGGUUGAGUGAACGUCUGGCAGCUGCAAGGGCUGCAGUGCCAGCUGUAGAUAUUGUACUGUUUUCUAAUGCUGAAGAGUUGAGUCAAGAUAACCAAGUUCGAGACGCACUCUGGAAGCACUGGGAUGAUCAAUCCAUGCAACAAAAGGAAAAUUGA